AUGUCCGUGGCCAAGUAUGAAGCCGAAUUCAUGGAGUUGGCUUGGUUUACCCCACACAUGGUAGAUACUGAAUAUAAAAAGGCUCGAAAAUUCGAAGGUGGCCUGGGUUUGGAAGUGUUUGACCGAGUAGGCGUCUUAAAGCUACCUACCUAUGUGAAAGUUUUGGAUAAAGCAAUAAUGGCAGAAGCCACAUUGGUAACAAUAAAACAAGCCAAGGCACCAACCACAGAAUGGAAAAGUAAAAGAUCCGGAUUCAAUUUCAAAAAGGGCCGUUCAUUUGCCAUGAAUAAGAAACAGAAUAUGGGAUCUUCCAGCAACUCUAGUCAAAGUAGUGGCUCUAUUCCAAACUAUCCUGAGUGUGGAAGAAAGCAUAGAGGAGUGUGUCACCGCGCGUCUGGUGCCUGUUAUUGGUGUGGCAAAGUUGGCCAUAUGAUAAAAGAUUGUUCACUUGGGCUCGACAACGCUAAUCACCCCGCAACAAGUUUAACUGGGUCUACUUCGGUAGCCAGGUCGAAUACGAGAACCAAUGUUAGGAAUAACACUGGGAAUGAAACGUUGAGACAAGGGAGGGCGUUCACAUUAGUGCUCGGAGAAGUGCAAAACACUGAGUUUGUGGUGUCAGGUACAAUUUCCAUUUGUGCCCAAAAUGCAUAUGUCUUGAUAAAUUCCGGUUCUACACACUCAUUCGUGUCGCAUGCCUCUUCUCAGAAGUUAACUAGACCUUUAGAAUCCAUGAUUUAUUUAUUAUUUGUAACUACACCAUCCGGGGGCUCUAUGGUAUGUGCAUAUAUGUAUCCGGCAUGUGAUAUUACAAUUGGUGAUGCGACAUUAUAUGUUGACUUGUUACCUUUAAGCUUAGACCAUUUUGAUUGUAUAUUGGGCAUGGAUUGGUUGACAAAGUACUGUGCGGCUAUUGACUGUGUAAAUGAAUCUAUUAUAUUUCGUCCACCCGGCUUGCCUAAGUUUGUGUUCACCGGGAAUGGGAAUGAUUCUGCCCUAAAAGCUGUUAAACUACUUAGGAAGGGAUGUAAGGGUUAUAUAUGUUGUGUUUUGACUGAAGUUUCUAAUACUUCAAAUGCGGAAACCAUUCCUGUUGCUUGUGAAUUUUCCAAUGUAUUUCCAAAUGACUUGCCUGGAUAUUUAAUUGAUAAGAAAAUUAAGUUCACUAUUGAAGUAGCACUAGGAGCAUAA